ACUUCCGGGGUUUUGGGCUGUCACGUGCGGGUGACGUCACGCCCACGGCCCGGCGGGGUGUAACCGAAAAGCGGCGGCGGCGGCGUCGGGAUGCUGCUGUCCGUGUCCGAGGAGCAGCGGCGGCACCUGGCGUUCCUGCGGCAGGUCGACGAGUCCGUCGUUGCGGAGUUCGGCCGCAUCGCGCUCGAGUUCCUACGGAGGGGAUCGAACCCGAAGACCUAUGAGGGAGCUGCCAGGAAGCUCGGCGUCUCCAUGGAGACGGUGCGGCGCGCCGUGGAGGGGCUGAUGUUCCUCGUGACGGACAGCGCCAAGCACGCGCUUUCAGAGCGGGACUUCCUGGACUCGGUGUCGCUUCUGGGCUUGGGCGGCGAGCUGAACCACACGCUGCUGCAGCUGUACCUGAAGCACAGCGCGGAGGUGUGCGGCGUCCUGCGGCAGCUGUCCUGCGCCCCGCCCGCCUACCGCGACUUGCACUGGAGGCUGGACGUCCAGCUGGCCAGCCGCGCGGCGCGGCAGCAGCUGAUCCCCCGGCUGACGCUGAGCCUGCGGCGGAGCGGCGGAGCCGGUACCGGAGCGGAGGCGGCGGCAGCGGCGGUGGUGCUGCAGGUGGACGCCGCCACGCUGCUGCGCCUCGUGAGCGCGCUGGAAGACGCCCUGCACGCGGCGCGGAGCGGCCGCGCCCGACGGCUCGCGCGCAGCAUUAAAUGAUCCCCAAAAAGUGCUUUUCUCUGAAGUUUGA